UCUAUUAAACUCCGAGUGUAAAACAACAGCAGUAACGGUAUAGCUUACAACCCGAAACUGCCGUAAAGUGUUCGAUUUAUUUCAGACAGGACGUGGCGUCAGUUUCGCGCAUGCGCGGAACAAAUCGUGUUUCCGGGACGGAUCGGGUAGCCACAAGCAUCUAUUUUCGUUUCCGUUCAUCUGUGACCCGGAAUCCGGAAGUGCUAGUUCUGUCAGGGGCGUGUUGACCAAGUUUUCAGUUGUUGAUGAUGGUGGUAAAAGGCCAGAAUUGAUGUGAAUGUGUAAGCUGUGAUGUGCAGUGAUGAACGGCAGCUUGAAUCCGACUCUGGAUAAAGAGGAGCACGUGCUAAAGCUCGGGGAGAGUUUCGAGAAGAAGCCGAAAUCAUCGUUCCACACCGUCAGAUAUGAUUUUAAACCUGCAUCUAUUGACACAUCUUGUGAAGGAGAGUUACAAGUAGGAAAAGGAGAUGAGGUCACCAUCACAUUACCACACAUACCAGGCUCCACUCCACCCAUGACGGUGUUCAAGGGCAACAAGCGGCCGUAUCAGAAAGACUGCGUUCUGAUCAUCAAUCAUGACACGGGAGAGUUUAUGCUGGAAAAGCUCAGCAGCAGCAUACAAGUCAAGAAAACAAGAGCUGAGGGCAGCAGUAAGAUCCAGGCUCGCAUAGAGCAGCAGUCAGUGAGAGCUAACCAGCUGUCAUCCCAGUUCCGAGCCCCCAUCAAACCAGGAGCCGGCCCGAAAACCUCACCGAGUAAAGACAACCCAUCACCUGAGCCUCACCUGGAUGAUAUCAAACGAGAGCUGCGGGCGGAGGUGGACGUCAUCGAGCAGAUGAGCAGCAGCGGCAGCAGCUCCUCAGACUCCGGCAGUGGUUCGGGCAGCGGUGACGACACCUCCUGCAGUGAUGGAGAACAGGACAAUCACGUCUCUCCCAGCAGGAACAAUACGGCCAACGGCACAGGCAAACCCCAGGGCAGCAACCAGCUGAUGAACACACUGAGAAAUGAUCUUCAGCUGAGUGAAUCGGGCAGUGACAGUGACAUGGACUGAUCUUCUCUCUGAUGUCCUGCGACUUCAUUUCGAGAGGGAACGUGUGCAGUCAGUGUUUGCAGUGGUUUAUCUCUAGUUUAACAGGAAGAUGUUCUCGAAGGUUUGGAGAAGAAUGUCUUUUUAGAUGUGCAUGUAGAUUUGGUUUUAGUGACAUGUUUUGAACAGGUAAGAUUGUGUAAAUCUUUGUUAUCCAAAACCUAUUGCACUGUUUUAAAUGUUCAUUGGUUAUUUUAUAAAGUCAUAAUAUCAAGUUCAUUAGUCACAUGUUUAUUUGUUUUUCUGUGUUUAUUGUGACAUUUGGCAAUGCCUAAAGCAGUCUGAUUUUUAUUGUUUCUUUUUUUGUCGUUCAGGUCAAAUACAGAUGAUGUCAUUAUUAUUGUCAAACCUUUUUAAUAUUAUUAUUUUCAUUUGUCAAAGGCUGAUUUUGGAAAUUCUACUGCUUCAACCAAUAUACAUGUGUGUAAGAUGACAAAAUUCAAUGCGUAUUAACGUAGGCGUAAUUAUUAUUAUUUGAUGUCUUUCUGUUCUCACUGCUUAACUCUAGGUUUAGUACCUCAUCAGCCAAAUACAGAAAAAGAUGAAAAUAUUAAAAGCAGAAAUAUGUUUUGUGUAUAUAUAUAUAUAUAUGUGUGUGUGUGUGUGUGUGUGUGUCAUUUAAAACCAAUGGAACAGAUUUGAUGUUAAUAAACUC